AUGUUCCUCUUACGGAAGCCAAACCUGGCAGUGCUUGUCGCUGGUGCGACCCUCGCGGCUGGCCAAGCCGUUUUCAACUGGACCACCAUCACACCUAGCAAGGAGCUGGUAUGGCACAGCUGCAUGACGCAGUUCGAAUGCGCCCGCCUUCUGGUGCCGUACAACUGGCAGGACAAGUCGGACGAGAGAUUCAUGACCCUUGCCAUACAGAAGCUCCCCGCCGUCGUCCCCGAGGACGACCCUACGUUUGGCGGCAGCAUCUUCGCCAACCCCGGCGGCCCGGGCCACUCGGGCACGCUGAUGAUCCAGUCGGCCGCCGAAUAUCUGCAACAGACCGUCGAUAAGCCCGGGAAGAGGCACUACGAGAUCGUCAGCUGGGACCCCCGAGGGAUCGGUAACAGCGUUCCCAAGGUUGAGUGUCUCCACAGGCCGUACGAUGUCAGCUCCUAUAAUCUCGAGAGUCGCGGCUACCAUGCGCUCGAUAUGGGUCGCACUUCUGUGGCCUACGCCUUGGGUAUAUUUCAGGGCAUCGGCCUCAAGUGUAAGUGGGAGAUGGACCAUGGUCUGGAUAUCCUCCCCUACCUUGGCACAGUCGACGUGGUGGAUGAUUUGAAGCAUAUGGUUGAGCUCGUCGAGAUUCCUCGCCGUGGGAACAUGACUUCCCACAACACGACUGAUGCCCGGCUGCAGUUCUAUGGAUUCUCAUAUGGGACUGUCAUCGGCCAGAUGUUUGCCUCUCGCUAUCCUGGGAAUGUUGGACGUAUUGCCGUUGAUGGCGUGGUAGAUAUGGAGGAUUAUAUAGCCACUCCUGGCUGGCUCACAUCAACGGCAAACAUGGACAACUGUGCAGAUCAUUUCUUCGACCUCUGCCUCAAAGCGAAAACCAGAUGUGCGUUGUAUAAAGAGGGGGAUAAGUGCGCCAGCGAGAUCGAAGCCCGCGCCGAGUCAUUCAUCGAGGGCCUCGACCGCGAACCCAUCGGAGCUGUCAUGUCUGACGGCCGCAGAGCUGUGAUCACAGGGCAUGACUUCCGCCUUUUGUUCGGCACAAUUGCAUAUAACCCCGUACCCAGCUACGAGGUGUUCGACCUGACCUUGGCCUCCGCGAUGCAAGGCAACUACACAUUGCUCCUAGAAGCCAUCGCCCAGAUGGGCGAAUACCCUCCCCUCGACCAAGAAUGCAAGGCGCCCAUCUCCAUGGACAACUCGCUCGACACCCUCGCUGCCGUCUACUGCCUGGACGCCGACGACCUCACAGGCAAAGACCUCGACUACUGGACAGCCUACGCGGACAAGAUGGCAUCCACCUCAAAGUGGUUCGGCUUCUCCGUCGCCCAGAUCCAGUUCGCCUGCUCCAGCUGGCCCGUCCGGCCCAAGAACCGCUUCACGGGACCCUUCAGGUCGCCCCCCGCCACGGCCGCGCUGGCCAGGGACCGGCCCGCGGCGCCCAUGCUCUUCAUCAGCACGCGGCUGGACCCCGUCUCGCCCUUGGCCUCGGCGCGAAACAUGCAGAGGCGGCAUGCCGGUGCCGGGUUGCUAAUCCAGGAGUCCAGCGGGCACACGGCGUUCAACUCGGCGCCCAGCCGGUGUCGCGACGAAACCAUUCGGGAUUUCUUCGACCAGGGCGUCGUGCCCGAUGGCGAACGGAUCUGCAAGGAGGAUUGUGGACCUUGGGAUGUCGGAUGCUCUGUCUUCAAGCCCGGGAACAGGACAGUGGUCGGUGCCGGAGCUGUCCGUCGAAGGGAUGGUAGUGGUGAUGGUGGUGGCAGGUCGGACUCGGGUCCUCUGGCCUUGUCGCCGCUGCGGAUUCUGUAA